CCCAUCUCAAGACAAUCUCUGCUUCCCUCUCCUGAGUCUUCAUUGGGAACCCACGCUCGGGAUGAAUCUGGCGGUUCGGCCCCCCGAGCCUCGAAAAUUAGUCGUCACUACAACGUUCCUAGAGUCUUGGAGAAAGGCAUAGUGCUGCUCAAUGACUUCAACUUAAGUGAUGCACCGAGCAGACAGACUCGAGACGGUCUCAUCAACAUGUUUAUGAUAACGGUGCAACUUGAGGCGGCGAAUUUUGGCGUUCGCUGGAACCAAGCCUUGGCAACGGAGCUUAAGUCGAUCCUCGAAUCACACACGUGGAAGUUAGGGGAAAACAGCGUCGUAGACGUGCUAUGGAAUCGAAUUAGGGCUUUUCGUCCAACACGCCACUUUGUGGAUCCUAGCGACAUGCAGGUCAACGUAGACGCCUGAAAGGAGACCUUCCGAGGCGAAGGGGCUGUUCUCCUGAUGGAGCACAUCGAUGCUCAGUACCAAGAGUUCCGAAAAAAGGAGCCGGACAGGACGAUGGCGAAGAAGACCAAGGCCAAGCUCGUGCCAAGCUACUACGGAAUGUUCUUCCUAAUCGCCAACUCAUCUGGCAUGGGGAAGUCGAGGAGUUUGUCGGAGGUGCUGAAAAAGCGGAUGGGGAUCGUGAUAGCCUUGCGAGAAGAUCCAGAGGGAUUUCCGCCAGCAGAUAAGGAAGUCUUGGAAUACCUCCAACUAGCAGAUACAGCUGAGAAGUGUCAGAAAAAGCUGAUGUGCUUUCUGACCGGCCUUUUCAAAAUAUGGUGCGAAGACCUGCGGGCGCUCAAGGAAACGCACGGUUACAAUUCCGAGGAGCUCGCGGCGGUGUUUCACGGUCAGAUGGAACGCGGCCAUAAAUUCGAUGCGCCGGGAUCCCAAAGAAUGGCUUUUCUAGAGCGAGUACUCGCCAGUGCCAAUGAGUCUGAAGAGGCGAAACUGAGGACCCCGCGUCGUGAAGGAGAAGACCGAAGACAGGGAGAAGAGAUGACUGUCGAACCUGCGUCCUCCGGCAGCCCAGACUCCGAGCACAAUCCUGUCGACAAGGGUAGUAUCAGGCUGGUAACAGCCAUUCGUCGCCUGACUGCUCUGCUGUCGGAAGAAAACUCUGUGGACGGCAAGCCGCGCCUGAUUCUCGCAUUCGACGAAUGCCGGUUCCUCAUCAAAGACCGACGUGUUGCCGGAAACACGGGGACAACAUUCAAUAUUUUUGAGCAACUCCGCCAUAUCAUCCGAACUCUGCGCCGCGAAUCCUGCAUGUUUAUCUUUCUUUCUACCGAAACGAACCUUGACCCGUUCUACCCUCCACCUCACGUGGAUUCCUCCGGAAGAGUGCAAAGCCGGGAGUUAACGCUCUUAGAACCUUUUACAGUUUUCCCCCUUCCGGGCAUGCCGCUGAAAAAGGUCCUCACUGUCUAUGAUGUCACGACAGUAGAUUUUCAAGCCAAAAGGGGUUUCCGUACGCGUGAGAAAAAGGGCGAUGAAGAUAUAAAAGCUCACCUUGAGGACUUUGCGGCACAAAAGCUGCUUUGCUCCAAGGAACCUUACGGGAAGAACCUGAAGGCGGAUGAGGCGUUUGCGGUUAUAUCGCACUUAGUGCCCUUGGACAUUCGCACCGACGUACGCAUUCAUCGCCCUAUCAACGAGCAGGACCAGAGUGCGCGCGAUUUUGGCGAGAAGCAAGUCGCCAAGCAUCUGCGCGUUCUGCUCGGCAUUACAGGACGAGAGCAGAUCAAGACCGUCGCGUCGAGCGAGCCGCUACUCGCGACGGGAGCCGCAAGGAUUUUGUCGAGUAUGGAGUCGGCGCGACCGGUCCAUCUGCUUCAGCAGAUCUUUGACCCGCCUGCCGUCGAUAAGGGCGAGCGGGGCGAAGUCAUUUUCGAGUUUAUAUCGAUCCUGGCCCGGAUUAACGCGGUCGAGAAGAAACAGUCGCCCGUCUUCAGUGUUGUGGAAUUCUUCGAUGAGCUUUUCGACCUGGACGAUAAGGAACGAAAAGAACUGUACGACUCUCCGCCGACGCGAGAUAGAAAUGUCAAGUCCAACCCUCCUGCAGGACAAUCUGGUCACGUCGAGACCGAGUCCUCGGAAGAAACAGCUGGAAAAGACAAGACGAAGACCUUCAAGGAAACGUUUCAAUCGUGUUGCAUGAAUUUCGCGCAAUGCGUCAAGGUGACCCGCGACGACAUUCAUCUUGGCGAAAGUUUCGACCCCAAGCACUUUUGGAAAUACCUGAUUCGAAUGGCAUUCAUCUCGACCAAGACGAACUAGCGGGCGAUAGACUCAGCCUUCCCUAUCGCAACGGACCCACUCGGUACCAUCAAUGAAGCAACCUGUAGCGGUUCGUUCAAUCAAGUCAAAACGGACCCACGCGUCGGGUGCAGCCAGGCUAGAAAUCUCGCAGACAAUUUCGACACCGUGCUCCAGGAGUGGCAGGACAAGAAGCCACACAUUCGACUCAUCAUUUCGCUCGGGUCUUCGGAAGAUCAAAUCAAGUUGUAUCCUCCAGUGAAGCCCAG